GUGUGCAUGGAUUGCCUUCAGGUUUGAUGGAUUCUUGUUAUGAAGACGCAUUUUUCACAUCGUGCAUUAGCUUGUUUUGAGUUUUCCGUGAAGCUGCAGCAGCAUCGGAAACGGCUUCGAUAUACCAAUAUUUUAUUUAUUUAUUUAUUUAUUUUCAGUGGGCGGACAAUUCGAGAUCAGUGGGAUUGUGGGUGGCCAUUUGAGGCUGGAGAGCUGCGAAGUCAGGAAUGUCCGCUGUGUGGGCGACGAAGUGGAGUCGCCUGUCGUUUGCGCAGCUCUCGUCGUCUCACCAGUUUCGAAGGGCGACAUGUCGGAGCCUGCGAGCCCUAGUUCCUACCUUCAGGAGGUGUUUCGAGGACCUGGUUCGAGGGUUCAACAGAUUGAGGAGCACCGAGUUCCACCGAAACAUCUACGCAGGCGUAGGAGAAAUUCAACGGACAGUAUUCACAACAGAAGCAAAUUCGACAUUGGGUGGCGAUGUAGGAGAGGGGUUAAUUGCGUUUUGUGCUGACCACCACGAGGUACCACUUCCCGAGGAUCACAGAUUCCCGAUGACCAAAUAUCGGGCCACGCGCAUGUUAUUAGAGGGAGACAUACAACUGCGUGAUAUUCUUGAGACAAGGCCUGCCCCCUUGCCGUCUUAUGAUGAUGUUUGCUUGGUGCAUGAUGAAGGCUACGUUCAAAGGUUUUCUUCAGGACAGUUGACUGCAAAGGAACAGCGAGCGAUCGGUUUCCCUUGGAGUGUCGAACUCGUAAGACGCUCUUUUGCUUCUACCGGAGGAACAGUGGCAGCAAUGCAUACAGUGAUGCAAGGCCAAAGAAAGGUGGCAGCAAACAUUGCAGGGGGAACACACCACGCUUUUGCAGGUCAUGGGGAGGGUUUUUGUGUGUUUAACGACAUUGCUGUAGCUUCGGCAAUAUGCUUAAGGGAUUAUCCAGCCAAGUGCAAUUCGCAAACUCCAAUCCUUGUUGUGGAUCUUGAUGUUCAUCAGGGUAAUGGGACAUCCAAGUUGUUCGAGAAUGACGAUCGCGUUAUCACUUUUGACAUGCAUGGGGCUGGGAACUACCCAUGGAAAACGAAAAUGAAAUCAAACUAUGAUAUCGGCUUUCCUGAUGGCACCAAGGAUGAAGAGUACCUAGCAAAACUUGCUGAUUGGCUACCGCAUCUUAUUGAGCUCCAUGACCCGAGCCUGAUAUUCUUUCAGGCUGGAGUGGAUGCUCUUAAAGAAGAUAGCUUUGGCCGCUUGGCUAUGACGAGACAAGGGCUGCUGAAGCGGAAUAACAUGGUUUACAGCGCUUGCAUGGAACGCAACCUUCCAUUGGUGAUCACCAUGGGCGGAGGCUAUUCUCGUCCUAUCGAUGCUUCUAUUGAGGCCCAUGCUGAUGUUUAUCGAUCUGCAGCUUUGAGAUAUGGUGCUUUGAAGGUGAAUACUCGACAAACAACUAAGUAGUUUGUGAUUAUGUUCAUUAAACCCUGGGCACGACUGUAUGAGGUGGAUACAGCCGAGGUCUAUGGUUGGUUCCUCCCCAUUUGCGGAGUUGUUGAGUAUAACGUCAUGCACACAAAUCAGUGCAUGGAAUCUUAACUAUUAUCAUCCCAAAUUGAGAUUCAACAAAAACCCUACAAUUCUGGGGUUCUACUUCUAAGUCAACUCUUUGAUGUGCGGUUUAUGCGGGUAGUUCAAAUUUAUAACCAAGAAUAUGACAGAAAUAUUCCCUAGAUAUUCUUUCUGUUCACUGAAUCAUUGCGUAGGUUAUAUAGAAAAUGGCUUUACAGGAAACACAGAAAAACAGAACAUUUAUGUAUUUGUAGGACACAAACAUUGGGUAGUCCAUUUUUAGUCUCUGUAGAAUCAUUUAUUAAACGACUUUGCAACGUGAUUGAAAAGGAC